AUGAAUGGAAAUAAGAAGCAGAAAGAGAAGCUGAAGAAAGACAGUCCUGGGGACUACGAACUUAUUCAGAAUGUUUUGAAUGUCAAAGAACGUCAUAUGCAGAAAAACGUUCCCUUACGUUAUGUAUUCCAGCUACUGUGUUGCUAUAAGAAGGAUUGUUUUCAUCCUCUGUGCAAGCAGGGCCGUAAACAAGAACAAUCAUGCUGGUACGAGGGUGGACUGCCAUUGUCGUUUGUACCGUUACCUGUUUCAGACAAAAGCAGACCACAUGGAUGGGAAGAUUGUCCUAAGUGUUCUCCUGGAAAGUGUGCUGGGCACUACUUGCAACCCGCUGAAGUAAUAGCACUCCAUCAAGCUGGUAAAUAUAACCCACAGAAAGUGCCGCCAAGCAAGUCAAUUAAAGACUUUUUCAAAAGCAAGAACGGGAAUGGAGCCACAGAAAGUGAGAUUGAGAAGAUUGCUAAACAAAUUAUGCUGCCAGUUGAGGAGGUAAAUUGUACUCUUACUUAAUUGUACUCCACGAAAUAGUAACUUAAUUUACUCAUGCAAAUAAUUUCAAGUACAAAAGCUUGUGGUGUAUUGAGGAUAUGUAAUCAUGAUUCAGAUAUAAAUUGUAAAUAUUUUACACUAUUAUACUUUUGAAGGUUCAGAUGUGGUUUGAUCAUUUGGAAGUUGUACAAGAGCAUCGACGAGGGGGGGGGGGGGCAAAAAAGGCAGCAGAGACCCGAAGAAGAAAUAAGGAAGCUAAAGAGGCCAAAAAUAAGGAUCGGAAGGCACCAUGAAAUGAAAAAAGAAAACAAAAUCAAAAAAGAAAACACAAAGCCUCUCUCCAAUCACCGCAGUAAGACUUUAUUAAUGUUUAACAAAUAGAUAAGAUUUUGCCGUCAUCUGUUCAGUGUAGAUAAUGGCUCUCAACCAACGACGAAAGCGCUUUAAUUUUUAACGUUAUUAUAUAAAUUUGAAUGGUUGAGGUUUUCUUACGUUAUUUUACUUCAUGUGCAUUAUGUUUCUUAAAUUGUAGGAAUCCUCUGACUCUGAAGAUGAAGUUAGUCAAACUUGUCAAAAGAGAGAUCCAGAGGCCGAGUCACAAAAUACACAAGACGUUCCUUGGGUCCAAUGUGAUAUUUGUCAGGAUUAG